AUGGCAGCUGAUAUCACUCCACCUGGGAGUGUCUUCGAGCUUCCUUUUUCGCCACCACCCACGACAGAAAAAGCCGUGUCACGGAAGGCCGAGCGCGUCGUGAAGCGUCUACGAUUUCAUCUUGCACACCACAAACUGAGCCCAUGGUGGGAAAUUCGACUUAAACCGCAGAGCUAUACCCAGGUACUUUAUCAAUUGGAUGUCGAUAAACCCCUUUGGAACUACGUUGAAGACAAAGUUCGGUACGAUAUCACCACCGCCUUACGGUCCGAAUGCCAUGUCCCUUACAUGAAAUAUUUGCUGCCAAUGUAG